CCUUCCCCCAUGUUGAGCCCACUUGCGCCUUCCCCAAUGACAAAUAAACACAACGAUCACGUGAUGGAAGCAGAAGCCUUCGAAGUGACGCUCCAGCAGCUCAACGACUUGUUGACGGACGACAGCGGCUUUUACCGCCGGCCAACUGAACACGUCCACGAGGUUUAUCCGCGCAUCUACGUCGGCAAUGCGUUCGUGGCGACAAACACGAUGCGCCUGAAGCGUUUGGGCGUCACCCACAUCCUAAACGCAGCAGAGGGAAACUCCUUCAUGCACGUGAACACCAACGCGGAGUUCUACGUCGGCACGGGGAUCACCUACCGCGGCGUGGCAGCCUGCGACACGGAUCACUUCGACAUCAGCGUUUACUUUGAAGAGGCAGCAGAUUUUAUAGAGAAAGCUCUCGCGUGCCAAAACGGAAAAGGCAGCGUAUAUGUGCACUGCAGGGAAGGCUACAGCCGCUCGCCCGCCUUGGUCAUCGCCUACCUGAUGCUUCGCCAGAACAUGGACGUCCGCAGCGCUCUGGCUACAGCGAGACGGAGAAGAGAGAUCGGACCUAACGACGGCUUCCUUUGCCAGCUCUGCCGACUAAACCGGAGACUGGCCGCCGAGAGAUUGUUCCAGAACCAAUGAAGCAGAGAGGAUUGUCGUCUUCCUCCGCCAAACAGCGCCGGAACGAUUUAGGGCAGGUGUCCGUGAGAAUGUCGGCGUGGGAGGAGAGGCCGACGCCAGCAAGGACGACGAGGAGGAGGAGGCUUGCCAUCGCAACGGAUCGGGAGCUUGGGGACGGACAAACGUGCCGAUGUUGACUAACAGAUGUUUUCCCUGGGUGCUAUUGCUUGGAACCAAGGGAAAAUGGCAGUGAAAACGGCCCCUUGUUUGUUUACUCGGGCAAGAGAGAGGUGAGAGCGCAGCCGCACCGACAUGAGAGGUGAGGUAGAAUCGGUCCGUUUCAUCAGGGAUUCGAAACAAGUUCGAGCGUCGAGGUAAGCGACAUCAUCCCCGCCCGCCGCCACACAACUAAAUGGUCGGGUUGUGUCGUCGUACACGCAGAGUAGAUUUGUGGCACAUUGAAAGAAAAGGAGCUGCGGCGAUUGGUGCGGCUAGGUAGAACCGAGGUCAGCGAUAUAAUGAGAUCAAAGAAAAGCGUGAGGUGUGUGCAAGAUGAAGCUAAGCAACAAGGUCUAUAUUGGAGAUACAAGAGGUCAACUCUGAAUCGUCUCUGAGAGAUGAUAUACUAUAUUACUACACUGAAUAUUCCUAUGCAACCAGUUUUUUACAUUACCACUGAAAGAGGAGUUGUGAAGUUACAUCCUUCUAUAAAUACGGAUGCUGAGAGAUGCGACUUUCCUGGGAAAGUAAAGUCCAAUUCAAUACAACAUCUGAUAGACAGUGUCAUGUAAAUGCUGAGAAAAGCAUUGAGACUA